AUGUCCUCGGUGUCGUGGUGGUUGCGCAUAGGAGGGGCUUUCGCGUUCUUGGUUAGAUGUACCAGUGGUGGAAAAACUCCUACUGCUCUGAGUGUUGUCCCGUCGUUGAACUGGUAUGGCGAUGAUGGAACGUGGUCUGCUAUAUCGCUUCGUGUGGGAACGCCCCAGCAAUGGAUCGAUGUUAUGGUGAGCACCGUAAGUUCGGAGACUUGGGUUGUUGGUACUGGCGCAUGUGCAGCAAAUGAUUCUCUCUGUAUAACAAGUAGAGGAGGUCAUCUGUUCGACCCGUUGGAAUCUUCAACCUGGCACAAUGAAGGCUUCUUCGGCUUCAGUGCCGACACUCAACUUGGCAACAAGGGCUACGGAUGGUACGGUCUAGAUGAUCUUACAUUUGGCUCUACCGGAGUUACAGUUUCUCAGUCCAUCAUCGGAUCCUUCAAUGGCUCUGGACCACUUGAUACGACGCAGUAUAUGCUUGGUUUGUUCGGCCUCGGUGUCUCGAUUGCUCAAUUCAACAACGACGAUCCUCUACCAGCUUUAAAUGCACUUGUUGAAAGGAAUGGAGUAAUCCCGAGCCAUUCGUACGGUUUUACUGCAGGAGCGCAUUACCAACAAAAAGGAGAGCCUAUAUCCUUGACACUCGGUGGAUAUGAUGCGAAUCGAUUUGUUCCACACAACGUGACAUUCAGUCUCAAUCCGGACAUGAAUGCACAGGCGUCCAUUAAUUCAAUAUUCGUGCAAUCAGGCGCUGGCAAGAGCAAUCUCACGAUUCCUAGGCAGUUGCUGCAACCAUCAGACAGAGUCUCCGCCAUCAUUGACAGCUCUACCCCGUUCCUCUGGCUACCAGGGGCUGUUUGUGAUCGCUUUGCACAGGCACUUGGCCUGACUUACAACGAUACGCUCAAUCUAUACACCUACGACGGAAAUGCGUCACAGCAUGACGUGCUUGUCAACUCUGGGCUGUCCUUCACAUUCAGUUUAUCUGACCUAUCUUCUUCGCCAGCAGCUGUCAAUAUUACAUUGCCAUUCCAAGCAUUCGAUUUGCAAUUGACAUAUCCAGCUAUCCCAAACAGUACCUACGGAGAUCCGGAUGCCACGAAGAACUACUUUCCACUCCGUCGAGCUAUUGAUGACUCUCAGUACACCAUUGGUCGAGCAUUUCUCCAAGAGGCGUACCUCAUCACCGACUUCGAGAGGAACAUUUUUUCCGUUCACCAAGCAGUUCAUACUGCAAACCCAUUAGGCAACACAAGCAUUGUGUCAAUUUAUCAACCGGCUGACAGCACAUUCACAUCACCAGGUGGUUCCCGAUCCAAGUCCAAGCUACCAAAGGGAGCCAUUAUCGGCAUAGCUGUCGGAGGAGCCGUCCUAGUAGCUCUCCUUGUCUUUCUCGUCUUCUUCCUCUACCGUCGCCGACAGCAAAGGAAAGCAGAAUCAGGUGACGAGAAGGGUCCAACCACACAACCACGUUCUCUUCUAUCAAGAAUCCUUUGCCGCGAUGAGCCAUCGACCCUGCACGAAGCUGGCGGUAGCAGCGCCUACCCAACCGAAGUCGCCGCCGACGCCUCACACGAGCGUUUCGAGCUCCCAGCUCCUCUAGGACCAGCAGAACUCGACAGCGAAGCAGGAACCACCUUCGACGGCACGACCGAAGCCGGGAACUCGACUCAAGAUUCGGUAAACCUAUCGGCGUACGAACGAGCUCGCCGGAAAUUAGAACGUGCUCAAAUCGCCGCUGCUCAAGCACAGGCUCAGAUCUCGCAGCAAAAUUACCCAGUUGAGAAGAGCGACGCGGAUGUCUCCCACGUAGCGCAUUAUCGCGCGCCUGAUACGCCGAGUAGUGACGAGCCGCUUGUAAGUCCCAUUGUGCCUGAGAACGGGAAUGGAUGGGGUUCUCUCGCUGUAGGAGGUUCGAGUGGUCAACCAUCACCUGUCAGUCCCGGGUUCCAUUCUUCACCUGUGUCGCCGGUUGGUCCGCCUCCGACGUACAGGAGGUUUAAUCUUGAUCCGGCGAAUGUGGUUUAUGCGGGGAGAUUACCGGAUAAUGUGCAGUUGCCGAGCGUUGUGCCGCGGAUCAUCGGGCCUGAUGGGAGGACGGUUCGUACCUUGGCGAGCCAGGAGGAAGAAGCAGAGGAUGAUGCGAAUAGCUCGCUGGGAAGCCAGUAUACGGUUGAAGAGCAGGAUUUGUAUGGGAGUGGAGAUACGAAUAUCGUUUCUCCAAUCCCGAGUACGAGCAGUGGAAGUGGUUCGGAUCCAGCAGCGUCAACUGUGAGCAGAAGUAGCGGCAGUGGAGGAAGUAGAGAGCCGAUCAUUCGGGAAGGUGUCGAGGUACAGGAAUCUGUGCCGACGACGGAUACGCUGGAUCCGUAUUCGAGUAGGAGGAGACUGCAGGGAGAUGAUUUCGUGCAUGUUCCUCAACCUGCUGAGAAUAGGUUCUCAUGGGAAGAGGAUCGGAUAUCGGGGCGGGAAGAGGGAUCCUUAUGA